AUGACAGACAGAAAUAGCACCAGUGUGACAGAGUUCAUCCUCCAAGGAUUCACAGGACACCCAAAGGGGCAAAUUAGCCUCUUUUUAAUAUUUCUCAUCAUCUAUCUAUUUACCUUGUUAGGGAAUCUGGGUAUGGUUGCAUUGAUUAGACAGAGUCCUCUGCUCCAUAGCCCCAUGUACUUCUUCUUGACGCACUUUUCACUUAUGGAUGCCUGCAUAACUUCAACCAUUGCCCCCCCAAUGCUACUGAAUUUCUUGCUGGAGAGAAAAGCCAUCUCUUACAGUGGGUGCAUUCUCCAGUUUUUCAUGUUUUGUGCUUUCACAGAUGUAGAGGCCUUCAUCCUGGUUAUCAUGGCAUAUGACCGCUAUGUGGCCAUUUGCCGUCCGCUGUCUUACACAGCCAUCAUGUCAAAGCCACUCUGCAUGUGGCUUCUCACUGGGGCAUACAUUGGGGGUGUUGUGAAUUCUCUCAUACAUACAUGUGCCUCUCUAAGGCUGUCCUACUGUGGGAAAAAUUCUGUCAACCAUUUCUUCUGUGACUUGGCUGCACUGAUGGCCCUAGCCUGCUCAGACACAUCCCUCAAUGAGCUGCUGCUCCUCACCUUUGGCACUUUUGUUGAAGCAUUCAACAUUGUGGCCAUAAUAACCUCCUAUGCAUUUAUAAUUACAGCUAUUGUCAGGAUGCACUCUACAGAGGGCAGGCUCAAAGCCUUCUCUACCUGCGCCUCUCACUUGACAACUUUCGCACUGUUCCAUGGUACGAUUCUCUACAUGUACUUCCGACCCACUUCCAGUUUCUCAAUGGACACAGACAAAGGGGUUUCAUUGUUUUACACCCUAAUCAUCCCUAUGUUGAAUCCCCUGAUCUACAGCCUGCGGAAUAAGGAGGUACAGGAUGCCCUAAGGAAAUUGAUAGGGAAGAAUUUACAUACUCACUGA